GAAAGCGAAUUUCCGGCGCACCACGUGGUUUUGUUUGAGUUGGUUGGGAGUUCGCGAGUCAAACUUUGACUGCUUUGAUCGCUUUUGCUUCUUGUUUUAGGAACUUCAAGGAACAUGGGACGGAGAAUACCUAAAAGCACGCGACACAAAAAGCUGAAGUCAGUAGAUCCACUUUUCAAAGGAACUGUGAAAGAAGACCGUCGAGCAAACCGGCCACCCAAGUCUUUGGAGCAGGAAGUGCCACGCUCUUUCACUGAACUGUUUGGCCCCAAGCAGAAUGCUGUCAAGGUGGCACUACGCAAGAAACGUAAACCAAAUAACCAAAUCGAAGUGAGACAGUGCAAGAAAGAGGUCGAGCAGCCAGGCAUGACUCGACCACUGAAGCCCCUCCCCGAUGUUGUGCAGCAGCAACGGUACGAGACGGAUCGCCAGUUCAUUCAGCGCAUCAACAGCUUUGCAACAAAGGCUUUUGGGGAGGCUGCUAUCGAGCAGAAGUUUGACGUGGACAUCCGUCACGACAGUACGGGAAAAGUAGUAGUCAACGCGCAAGGAAGCGACCCAGACUACGGAUCGAGGAAACGCGAGAAGCGACGGGCUCGUGAGAAGAGGCUCAGGGAGAAGAAGCGAAAAAUUCCCACACCUUCAGAGUUCGCUCACCUCAAAGAUGGAGUGGCAUUCGGAGAAGUGGUCCAUGAACCACCACAAUUCAGCGGGGCACACAAGGAACAGAAGACUCAAAAGGAGCUGCUGCUCAAGAAGCUGCUGGAGACACCUGCAAGUCGAGACUUGACAGUCAAACGAAAAAUGCUGCAACCUGGAGAUCGAAGAUUACUCGAGGCCGAAAGGCAACGUGUCAUUUCUGCAUACCGACAGACUAAAAAAAAGUCCCUUAAGUAAAAUGUCUUUUGCAGUA